GAGAAAGUACCACUUCUAUAAGAACGAUCAAUUCCAAAAUUUCCAAGGCAAAAACGGAGUUUCCCUCUUCAUCUCUCUCAGUUUGCAGUUCGCAUUCAAUUCCAAAAUGCUAGCAUUCAAAUCCGAAGAACAAAGCCAAUUGCAGCUCGUGGAACGUGAAGAGAUUGACGACGAUGAAGAUCUAUUUGAAGCCAUUGAUAAGCUGACUUCUCAUGGAAUAAAUGCCGGAGAUGUCAAGAAGCUCCAAGACGCAGGAAUAUAUACAUGCAAUGGUUUGAUGAUGCACACGAAGAAGAGCUUGACUGGUAUAAAAGGUCUAUCUGAGGCUAAAGUUGAUAAAAUAUGUGAAGCUGCCGAGAAGAUAGUGAAUUUUGGCUAUAUUACUGGAAGUGAUGCUCUGCUUAGGAGGAAGGCUGUUGUCCGGAUCACUACUGGAAGUCAAGCUCUUGAUGAACUGUUAGGAGGUGGUAUUGAAACUCUACAAAUUACAGAAGCUUUUGGGGAGUUCAGGUCUGGAAAGACACAGCUGGCACAUACUCUCUGCGUUUCUACACAGCUUCCUACUAACAUGAAAGGGGGAAAUGGAAAGGUUGCUUAUAUAGAUACAGAGGGAACUUUCCGACCUGAUCGUAUUGUACCCAUUGCUGAAAGGUUUGGAAUGGAUGCUGGAGCUGUACUCGAUAAUAUAAUAUAUGCACGUGCAUACACAUACGAGCAUCAAUAUAACCUGCUCCUUGGGUUAGCAGCAAAGAUGUCCGAAGAACCUUUCAGACUUCUGAUUGUUGAUUCGGUCAUUGCUCUAUUCCGAGUAGACUUCACAGGAAGAGGAGAACUUGCAGAACGCCAGCAAAAGCUGGCUCAGAUGCUCUCGCGAUUAACAAAGAUUGCAGAGGAAUUCAACGUAGCAGUGUACAUGACAAACCAAGUGAUAGCUGAUCCAGGUGGAGGGGUAUUCAUAUCAGAUCCAAAGAAACCAGCAGGGGGGCAUGUUCUUGCUCAUGCAGCCACAGUGAGAUUGAUGUUUAGAAAGGGCAAGGGCGAACAGCGUGUCUGCAAAGUGUUUGACGCACCAAAUCUCCCAGAGUCUGAAGCAAUAUUUCAGAUAACACCAGGAGGAAUUGCAGAUGCAAAAGACUGAAUUCUCUGCAAUAAUACGGACAUAUGGUACAUGCCUUGGCAUGAAACAUGUUUAUAUUUUUCCUUUCAGCUGUCUACUAUAUACAUAUUAUAGUUUGAAUAUUCAGCUUUGCUAGAACAAGCAGUAGGUGUAGGUUGUAAAACCAUAAAAUUGCUAAGGCAAUUUCAAGAAAACCCAACCUUUUAUCCUGCAAA